AUGUCGAGCCCGGCGUUCCAGGCGUCAAACGCCCCUCAGAAGGUUCCACUUGUCGCUCCAAGUGAAUUCCUUUCUGAGAGACCUGGAGAGCCAGAUUGUCCAUACCUUAUAAAGACUCAAAAAUGCAAAUUUGGUAUGAGGUGCAAGUUCAAUCAUCUGAAGGACAAACUAGCUGCUGCUGUUGCUUCAGAAAAUUCUGAUGUUUUUGCCUUACCUGAGAGGCCUUCUGAACCCCCAUGUGCAUUCUACUUGAAAAUGGGGCAAUGUAAGUUUGGUGCAACCUGCAAAUUUCAUCAUCCGAAAGAUAUCCAGAUACCAUCAGCCCAGCAAGAGAAUAAAAUUGGAGAAAUUGGGACAACUAUUCAGCUAGAGGGAACUGGAUUUGCUGUGAAGCCUCCUGCACUAUCAUUUAACUCCAAGGAGCUUCCUGUAAGACCGGUUGAACCUGAUUGUCCAUUCUACCUGAAAACUGGAAGGUCAGCAUAUUUGCAAGUAUGGAGCCACUUGGGCAUGACUAAAGAGAACAGAAAAGGCACUAUGAGACAAUCUUGUUGCUGCCUCCACCACGCACUCAGUGCCGUUGGCAAUACCUCCUUUGGUGAGAAGAAGGCCACUCAGCUUACAACACUAGUUCUCCAAUUCUUGUUGCCUAAGGCUCAGAGCAUCAAUUGCAACUUUUACUUCAUCAGAGUGGGAUGA